GAGGAGAGAGCGGGGGGAUGACUGCAGGAAAGGAAAAACUAAACAACAAUCAUGACUCGAGUAAUACAUUCACCGUUUAUAUUUAUACAAAUGAAUUAUAACACUCGGUCAGUUUACCGUCACAGUUUGCCGAAAUAAAUGACGAGCAUCAGCGAUAAGUGUAAGCUGGCUUGAGAGAGAUGUCAUCUCCGGGUAUGGGUACCCCCAGUGACCCCCUUCUCUACAGUUCAGGGGAGGGGUCAUCUACAUCUCAGGAAAGAUCCUGGAGGAACUCACUACCCAAAACUGCUAGCUUCCCAACGUCCAGUAUUCGGCACCUCAGUCACCGAGCCAACAACUUUCAGAGACAGCCAAAGCGUCAGAAGCAAAUAAGACCUUCACCACCUCCCCCACCAAAUACACCCUGUCCCCUGGACCAGCUGGACCUUAGUGAGCUUCCCCCAAGACGCACCUUCGGAGAGUUGCUCUUCAAUGGCAGCAUACUGUUUGGUAUUGAGUUUAGCUAUGCCAUGGAGACGGCUUAUGUUACUCCUGUGCUCCUACAGAUGGGCUUGCCUGAUCAGUUCUACAGCUUGGUGUGGUUUAUAAGUCCUAUACUGGGAUUUCUCGUUCAGCCUCUCAUUGGAGCGUGGAGUGAUACUUGUACAUCCCGGUUUGGGCGAAGGAGACCCUUUAUUUUAGCUUUGGCUAUAGGAGCUUUAGUUGGUCUGACCUUGGUGCUGAAUGGGCGGGACAUUGGAGUUGCGAUGGCUGACACAGCAUCAAAUCACAGGUGGGGCAUUUUUCUGACAAUUUGUGGUGUGGUACUGAUGGACUUCAGUGCUGAUUCAGCUGACAACCCAAGCCAUGCCUACAUGAUGGAUGUGUGCUGCCCAGAAGACCAAGAUCGGGGGCUGAACAUACAUGCGCUGUUGGCAGGAUUGGGAGGUGGAUUUGGCUAUAUUGUAGGUGGCAUCAACUGGGACCAGACAAAAUUUGGACAGUCAGUCGGAGGUCAACUGCGGGUCAUAUUUAUGUUCACGAGUGUCACUUUGGUAUUUGCCACAGUCAUGACUCUGUUCAGUAUCCCUGAAAGGCCCCUACCAAUGAGCCACCCAAACAAGAACUCCAGCAAAGCUCAUCUAAAAAGCCCCAACCUCCCUCUUCCUCCAUCUCCUCCUGUUCCUCCAUGUUUUGGACUUGAUGAUGACGAUGAGGAAGGUCUUUACAACUAUGAUUUCUCAAAGUCAUGUAACACUGACCCCAUGGGCCAUUCUUGCAGUGCCAGUGCACGCCUUUGUGCUGGCCUCACAAGCCCAAUAUCGCCCCUGAGCCCCCUCACUCCAAAAUAUGGCAGCUUUAUAAGCAGGGACAGCUCGAUCAAUGGCAUCAACGAGUUUGCCUCAUCAUUAGGAACCUCCUAUAUAGACAGUGUUCUCAUAAACUGCUACACAGGCCCACAAACACCACAGGGCCUAGCCCCCAACUCGACCACUGUUCCCCUGCCUCCAGGUGAUUCCCCUCCUCCACACGAGUCUACACAGGGGUCAGGGAGUCAUUCUGCAGGACAGACCCUGGCCGAUGUGAUGUCUCAUCAAUCAGGGGAAGCUCAAGAUCCAGAAGAGCUACUGCCUGAGGGAGAUGCACAAUCCAUUGAAGCAUCUCAGGUCACAUCUGGAGUUCAAUCCUUUUCAGGGUCACAUCGGCGCUCUUCUUCUGGUAUCCUAAAGCGACCCCAGAGCCUUGCACUGAUAGACGAUUCCAUGGCAAGUCAGCUUGUUGCCUCUGAGGAUGGACAGAGGAGAACAGUGACAUUCAGCCAGCAGGUUGCAAACAUUCUGCUGAAUGGGGUGCGAUAUGAGAGUGAUCUGAGUGAGAGUGUGGAGACAGGAGAAUGCCAAAUGUCAUUAAAGCUUCUGUGUAUAGCCAUCUACAGGAUGCCGCCCUCUCUGCGGAGUUUAUGCACAAAUCACUUUUUGGGCUGGCUGUCCUUUGAAGGAAUGCUGCUCUUCUACACUGACUUCAUGGGGGAAGUUGUGUUUGAAGGAGACCCCAAGGCUCCUCACGACUCUGAGGCUUAUGAACGCUACAACGCUGGUGUUAGCAUGGGCUGCUGGGGCAUGUGCAUCUAUGCAUUUAGUGCUGCUUUCUACUCAGCCAUAUUGGAGAAACUUGAGGAGCGUUUCUCUCUUCGCACACUGUAUUUUUUUGCCUACCUGGCAUUUGGUUUGGGGACAGGCCUAACAACACUAUCCACCAACCUCUAUGUGGUACUUUCUCUGUGUGUCACCUACGGGGUGCUCUUCUCCUCUCUAUGCACGCUGCCUUACUCUCUGCUGUGUGAAUACUACCAGAGCCCUCAGUUUUGUGGCUCAUCAGAGGAAGGGACCAAACGAGGGAUGGGGGUGGACAUCUCUCUGCUUAGCUGCCAGUACUUCCUGGCUCAGAUCCUGGUCUCUGUGGCGAUGGGACCUCUGACCUCACUGGUGGGUGGGGCCCAGGGAGUGAUGUACUUUUCAAGCCUGAUGUCAUUCGUUGGCUGCGUGUACUCCUCUCUCUGCGUGGUGUACCAUCUGCCCCCCCCUGAGGGUGAGCACCCCGAAAGCGAGACCCAGCCACUAUUAGUGAACACUUAGAGUAGCCUAUGAACUUAGCUAACCUCCCGUACACAUACUAUAACAGCAAACACGCUAUCACGCUGUUGCUUAGUGUCUGAGUGUGUUGCCCUUUAAAACAUACAGGACAAAUACACUGUACAGCACAAUGACACAUAUUGUGUUACACUUUUCCUCACUGUUUUCCUCAGAGCUAGACAGACAGACAGACAGACAUUGGCCACCAAUCAAAUAUGUGUAUACCAGUGUGUUCAUACAGUGUGUGUGUGAGAGUGCGCGUGUCACCCAUGCAUUUUUCCUUAGCGAAUGUGUGUGAAGUUUUGAAUGAACAGGCUGUGACAAAUGGAUUUGUGUGUGUGAUACUCUGUCUGACCUAUUUGAGUAUAGGUACGCCUCAGCCAUUCUUAUGUCCAAUCCUUUGCUUCUUUUCUUGCUUGUUGAUGUCUAGUUUAGAAAUGUUGAUCUCUGUGUGCAGGCUAACCACAGCUUUCCCUCUCUUUUUCUUCCUUUUGUCAGUUGCCUAACGUCUGCAUGAGCUGCAAUGUAAUCUCUCAAAAGCCUUGUGUUAAUGUUUUGUUUCGGUCUAAUGGCCAAGGGAAUGUCUACCUGCCUGUUUCUCUGAGCUAGCAUAGUAGCAUCACACCUUAGGUGGGAUUUUUCUGACUAGACGAAUGUGCUACCACUGACCUCACACACUGACUCACUCCAUUUACUGAAGAGCUCUUCUGACAUAAUUUAGCAGACACCUACUUCAUAUUCACAUUAAGCAGAAUAAAGCUUAAUCACACUUACAAUCUUGAAGGGCUUCAUAUUGCUCACAUUUUUUUAAGCUUAUAGAAUACACACUCUCCAGACAGUCCAUUAAUUAUAAGACUGUCCUGCUAUCCCCGUUUAUCUCAGUUUGGUGCUUGGGGAAUCUUAAGUAUGGGAAAAAUGCAAACUAAGCAAGUAAUUAGCAUAGAUCUAGUUCUACUUUACACAUGCUUGUACACACCAUGCACACCAACACUGGCUAACUUAAAAAACAAAACAAAAAGUUAUACUGGCCACUUAUUGCGUCUGGUCCCUCAUUAAGCCACGGACAGCUGUGAGCUGUCAUCCUACUCCUGGCCAUGCGAUUGUAAUAAUGACAGUGAUUCUUGUCAUUAUCAGGAAGAGGAGAAGUUGAAACUGGGGUGUGAAUCAGCAUUCAGUCGGAAACCGAACAAAACAGAAGAACAGCAAACAGGGAGAAGACUCAUGUGAA